AGCACUAACAUAAAUCGCUCUCGUCUUGCUGGUUGUGAGGCGGACUACUUGUUUCUCCCUCCGCGCUGCUGCCGGGCUGUGAGGCGGUCGGGCCGAGCCUCGCGGUGCCUUUUCCGCGGAGUGUGGACGGUUCUCUCGGUGUCUCCGGGUCUCUGGCCGUGUUGUGCGUCAUCUCCAUCGCUGCCGUUUGUUUUGUGUUAUUUUUUUUUGAUUUUUUUUUUUUGCCCUCUCCACUGAAGGAAAAAACCAUGGCAACUCCCGCCGCGGUCAACCCGUCCGAGAUGGGCAGUGAGUUGCCAGGGACAGUGGCGAUGCCGGGGGCGGUAGGAGGCGGCCAGGUGAGGAUGGGAGGAACUGUGCCAGGCCGCGGGGGCAAGAGGAGAUCAGGAGGAAUGGACUUCGAUGACGAAGACGGAGAGGGGCCGAGCAAAUUCUCAAGAGAGAACCACAGUGAGAUCGAGCGACGCCGGCGUAACAAAAUGACCCAGUACAUCACUGAGCUGUCAGACAUGGUCCCGACCUGCAGCGCCCUGGCCCGGAAGCCCGACAAACUGACCAUCCUGCGUAUGGCCGUCUCCCAUAUGAAAUCCAUGAGGGGCACCGGCAACACGUCCACUGAUGGGGCCUACAAGCCCUCCUUCCUCACUGAACAGGAACUGAAACACCUGAUCCUGGAGGCGGCGGACGGCUUCCUGUUUGUGGUUGCUGCGGAGACGGGUCGGGUGAUAUACGUGUCAGACUCGGUGGCGCCCGUGCUGAACCAUCCCCAGUCCGAGUGGUUUGGCAGCACUCUGUAUGAGCAGGUCCAUCCCGACGAUGUGGACAAGCUGAGGGAACAGCUCAGUACUUCAGAGAACUCCAUGACAGGGCGGAUUCUGGACCUGAAGACGGGAACAGUGAAGAAGGAGGGCCAGCAGUCCUCCAUGAGGAUGUGCAUGGGCUCCCGGCGGUCCUUCAUCUGCCGCAUGAGGUGCGGUACCGCUCCUCUGGAUCACAUCUCCCUAAACCGCCUGUCCAACAUGAGGAAGAGAUACAGGAAUGGCCUCGGACCCUCAAAAGAAGGAGAGGCUCAGUACUCUGUGGUGCAUUGCACUGGCUACAUCAAAGCAUGGCCCCCUGCAGGUAUGACUAUACCAGAGGAAGACACAGAGGCAGGUCAGACCGGAAAAUACUGCCUCGUGGCCAUUGGGAGACUGCAGGUGACCAGCUCUCCGGUCUCUAUGGAUAUGAACGGCCUGUCUGUGCCAACGGAGUUCCUGUCGCGUCACAACUCAGAUGGUGUCAUCACUUUCGUGGACCCACGCUGCAUCAACGUCAUUGGUUAUCAGCCCCAGGACUUGCUGGGGAAAGAUAUUCUGGAGUUCUGCCAUCCUGAGGACCAGAGUCACUUGAGAGAAAGUUUUCAACAGGUGGUGAAGUUGAAGGGUCAGGUUCUGUCUGUGAUGUAUCGUUUCCGAAUGAAGAACAGGGAGUGGAUGCUGAUCCGAACCAGCAGCUUCACCUUCCAGAACCCGUACUCUGAUGAGAUCGAGUACAUCAUCUGCACCAACACCAACGUCAAGCAGCUACAGCAGCAGCAGCAAGCGGAGCUGGAGGUGCACCAAAGAGAUGGACUGACUGCCUACGAUCUUUCCCAGGUGCCGGUGGCCAGCGUCAGCGGCGGCGUCCACGAGGCAGGGAAGAACAUCGACAAAACAGAAGUCCUGUUCUCUCAGGAGAGAGACCCACGCUUUGCUGAGAUGUACUCCGGCAUCGCUGGCUCGGGAGAUAAGAAGAUGAUGGUUCCCUCCUCUACAGCUGGAGGACAGCAGCUCUACUCGCAGAGCUCUCCCUUCCAGCAGGGACACGCUGGUAAAAGCUUCAGUUCCUCUGUGAUCCAUGUCCCCGGUGUGAACGACAUCCAGCCGUCAGGCUCAACCAAUCAGAACCUAGCUCAGAUCUCCAGACAGCUCAAUCCAGGCCAGGUGGCAUGGUCAGGCAACCGCCCCUUCUCUGGACAGUCCAGUAAAGCCCAGUCCAGUCCAUUUGGUAUUGGUUCUGGCCACAGCUACCAGACCGACCCGGCCUCCUACAGUCCCCUGUCGUCCCCGGCCACUUCCUCCCCCAGCGGCAAUGCCUACUCAGGACUGACAAACCGCAGCACGGCUUUUGAUGUGUCGGGGGAGGGCAGUCAGAGCGGAGCCCAGUUCCAGGGUCGUCCCAGUGAGGUCUGGUCCCAGUGGCAGAACCAACAUCACUCCCAGCAGCCCGGGGAACAGCACACACACCCCAACCCCAGCCAGACAGAAGUCUUCCAGGACAUGUUACCCAUGGCCGGAGAUCCCACCCAGGGAACAGCCAACUACAACAUAGAGGACUUCGCUGACCUCGGCAUGUUCCCUCCCUUCUCUGAGUAACACUCCCCCCCCCCCCUUUUCUCCUCCUCUCUCCCUCUCAGAACUGGACUGAAGUUUGCGUUCAUCUGUCAUGUUGUCUCAUUUUUCUAUAUUGCUGGAUCACCAACUCACAGCUGACAAACACACAGUUCACUAAUGUUUGGGCUCCAAGGCCUGCGAUAUGUAUCCGUGAACAUACACAUACCUCAUCUGUGCAAAGAGGAACCCUGCUGACAGAUGGAGGGACGCAUCAGUCAACCCCGUCUCCAGCUCUCUGUCCGUCUCCAGCUCUUAGAACAAAAGGCUGCAGUGUGUCCAGCUCCCUGCAGGCAGCAUCAGCAUGGACUGUAGCUUGUCACAUACCAUCACUAACAUGAUCCAAGAUUUUACUCUUCCUGUCGUUCACGUUUGAAAAAAAAGCAGAAUUCAAGUCAUAUUUUGUCAGCAGUUCAUGUCUGCAAGCGUCCAUGAAGUAGCCAAAAUGUACGACUGUGCCAUUACACGUGUGCUACGCCCAAUGAUGUGCCCAACUGCAUGAUGCCCGCAUCCACAUUUGUUCCGGAAUAAGUACUUGUAAAUCAUUCAGCAAC